UAGAAUGGGCGUGGUCUCCUGGGUGAUGUCACGGGGCUGAGGGACAGGCUGGGCUGCUGCAAGGUCGGUGCUGCAGAGUUUUACGAGCAGCAUAGUGGAGAGGACAGAGCGGUGUGAUUGCCGGGCGCGUAUUAUACAUAGUCCGUCUCUACUACAAGAUAAGGAUUUUAGUGAACUUAACACCACACAUCUUUGCUAUGUGACUCCUUUAAAGAACCUGAGUACCAUCUUUGAAAAGUUUUUUGAGAAAUAAUACCAAACAGGAAAAAGCAAUGGGGAAUCAUCUUACAGAGAUUGCACCUAACACCUCGUUUCUUCCGACCUUUCAGACCCUGCAUGUGGUUGUCAUAGGGUUGGAUUCUGCUGGGAAGACCUCUUUGUUAUAUAGACUAAAAUUUAAGGAGUUUGUGAAAUGUGUUCCCACCAAAGGCUUUAAUAUGGAAAAGAUAAAGGCCCCCAUUGGGAAUUCCAAAGCAAUCGCUUUCCAAGUAUGGGAUGUUGGUGGUCAGGAGAAAUUGAGACCUCUAUGGAAAUCCUACACCAGGAGGACUGAUGGUAUGGUGUUUGUUGUGGACUCCUCAGAACAAGAACGCAUGGAGGAAGCCAAAGUGGAGCUGCACAAAAUUACCAGGACCUCUGAAAACCAAGGUGUGCCCGUCUUAGUCCUUGCUAAUAAGCAAGAUAUUACUAAUGCACUAUCUGUGGCAGAGGUGGAGAAGUUACUAGCUGUACAUGAACUUGGCACAUCUACCUUGAGUCACAUUCAGGGCUGCAGUGCUGUAGAUGGCAGAGGUUUGCAUCAAGGACUUGAGAAACUCUAUGAUAUGAUUCUUAAGAGGAAGAAGAUGCUGAGACACAGCAAGAAGAAGCGAUGAGCAACCUAAGUGUUAUGUCAAUAAAUAAGAACUUCUCUGUAUCUUUUGAAAGAAUCUAUCACUGGACAAUGACAUUCUGGUGACUGACUUACUGGUAAUGCUGGUAAAACGGUCAAUGUAUAGAACAGAGUUUCUGCUGUUCACGCAGCACAAUUCAUGUGCAAUCUCGGAGUAAGAAUAUUUAUUUACCGGUACGUUUCAGAUACGAGGAUACACUGGUGAAAGUUGUUUUUCUAGCAUACAUGCCUAUCAUUUGCCUUGGAUGAUCUGUGCAAAGGAAUAUAAAGACAUUGGAGGAAUUUACUUUAUUUAAUGAAAACAUGUUUAUAUACUUUAUCACUUUGCUUAUCACUUUCUUAUUUUUAUUUUUUUCCUUCCCCUUGAGAGUAUACGGGUAUUUUACUCCCUAUACUCCUUAACACAGAAUGAACGGUCUUAUUUUGUACAAACCUUGUAUAUGUUUUGUAGGAUGCCCACCUAAGUUAUUUAUAGUAAAUAAAUGAAAAUUAGAUUACA